AUGCUUUUCUCACGCCUUGCAUUGCUAGCUGGUCUAGUCGGGUCCGCCGUUGCUGCUUCCCCAGCGGAAUGGCGCUCGCAAUCAAUUUAUUUCAUGCUUACGGAUCGGUUCGCGAGGACGGAUGGAUCGACUACUGCUAAGUGUGAUACUGCGAAUAUCUUGUACUGCGGUGGUACCUGGAAAGGUAUCGAGAAGAAGCUGGACUACAUCCAAGGAAUGGGAUUCACUGCCAUCUGGAUUACUCCUCAGGAUAUUUACUCCCUGAACUCACACUACGGUACCGCUGACGAUCUCAAGUCGUUAGCCUCCGCUUUGCAUCAGCGUGGCAUGUACCUGAUGCUCGAUGUAGUGGCCAACCAUAUGGGCUACAACGGUGCCGGCACCAAGAUGAACUACGAGGUCUUUCAUGACUUCAAUUCGUCUGCAGACUUCCAUCCUUAUUGCGAAGUCAAUGACUAUAACAAUCAGACAAAUGUUGAAGAAUGCUGGCUUGGCGACACAACUGUCGCGCUGGCUGACCUCAACACGGAGUCCGAGAGCAUGCAGAACAUCUGGUAUAGCUGGGUUAAAAAUCUUGUCAAGGACUACUCCAUCGAUGGCCUUCGUGUCGAUACUGUUAGACAUGUCCAAAAAAGCUUCUGGCCUGACUACAACAUAGCCGCAGGAGUUUACUGUGUCGGCGAGGUAUUUGAAGGCGACGUGGACUAUACUUGCGGCUACCAGGAAGUCAUGGAUGGUAUUCUCAAUUACCCAACGUACUACCCCCUCCUUGCAGCCUUCAAGUCCACAAGUGGAAGUAUGAGUGAUCUCUACAACAUGAUCAACACUGUGAAAUCCACGUGCAAGGACUCGACUCUUAUGGGAUCGUUCAUCGAGAACCACGACAACCCUCGGUUUGCUUCGUAUACCGAGGACAUUUUCCUCGCCAAGAAUGUCGCCGCAUUCAAAAUCAUGGCGGACGGCAUACCGAUCAUCUACGCCGGCCAAGAACAGCAUUACAACGGGGGUAGCGACCCCUACAACCGUGAAGCUACCUGGCUUUCUGGUUACAACGAAAAUAGCAAGCUAUACAGGCUCAUUGCCAAGGCAAAUGCCAUACGCUCGUGGGCCAUUUUCAAGGACAUCAACUAUGUUACUUACAAGAAUUACCCAGUCUACAAAGACCAACAUACCCUUGCCAUGCGCAAGGGUUACACUGGAAAACAGACCAUCACUGUUCUCUCCCACUUGGGUGAGAACGUAAGCGAGUAUACGCUUUCGCUGCCGAACACCGGAUACGAGGCUGGUAUGGAGUUGACGGAGAUCUUCACUUGCAAGACCAUGACUGUGGAUCAGAGUGGCAAUGUGCCUGUUCCCAUGGCUUUUGGACGGCCGAGAGAUUUGUAUCCCACCUCGUUGCUCCAGGGAUCAUUGGUCGGAUGUUAG